GGCAGACCUCAGAGGCAUCGGACUUGGAGCAAGACCAUCACCGCACCGGACCAAGAGCCCAAGACAAGAGACGGGGAUUUGAGCAGCAAACAACUAGAGAACACUUCUGAGAUUUCUUCAGGGGACUUCAAGAGAUCGAGCCACAGAGGGUAACCACGACAUCCAAACCAACUGAAGAAUCAUUGGACUCUGAAGAUUAUCUCUCACUCAACUGCAACGAAGACUGAAGACUUUUGAAGACAAUUUGAGGGCUUUGGACAAAGCCUCAGGUUUCCACCAGAGUCAUCAGCCCAGCAGAAGAGGGAAAGAACUCCUUGGCCAGGACAACUCCUUCCCCUCCCUUUCUCUCCAAAAGGAAGACAUCAAAAUACUCAAGCUCAGCUAUCACAAUUAGUACGUGGAGGAUGGAUAUGUGGUUCUGGACGGACUGCUGACCUCCCAGGAGUGUGACGAGCUGAAGCAAAGGAUGGCAGAGAUAGUGGACCAGAUGGACGUCCCGGAGCACUGCCGCACCACCUUCUCCACCUACCAUGACGAGCAGCUCAAAACACAGGGAAAUGCUGACUAUUUCAUCACCAGUGGAGAUAAGAUCCGCUUUUUCUUUGAGAAAGGAGUUUUUGAUGACAAAGGGGAAUUCAUCGUACCAAAACAGCGGUCCCUAAAUAAAGUCGGACAUGCACUCCAUGCCUAUGAGCCAUUGUACAAAAAGGUUACACAUUCACCCAAAGUUCAGGGCAUAGCGAAGAAGCUGGGUCUUGUAAGUCCUGUGAUACUGCAAAGCAUGUACAUUUUUAAGCAACCGGGGAUUGGUGGGGAAGUGACUCCACAUCAAGAUGCCACGUUUCUGUACACGGAGCCCCUGGGCAGAGUUAUGGGGCUGUGGAUCGCCCUGGAAGAUGCCACCAUUAACAAUGGCUGCCUGUGGUUUAUCCCGGGGUCACACAACAGUGGUAUUUCCCGGCGUAUGGUGCGUACUCCAAAGGGCACUUUUCCCCUGACAGACUUCACCGGUCGAGAGCAGACCUAUGAUGACGAGAAGUUUGUUGCUGCACCUGUUAAAAAAGGUGGUGUAGUCCUGAUCCAUGGGGAGGUGGUGCAUCGCAGUGCUGAAAACACCUCAGAAGACUCUCGCCAUGUCUACACCUUCCACAUGAUGGAAUCCAAGGACACCUGCUGGAGCCCUGACAACUGGUUGCAACCCACUGAAGAGCUCCCUUUCCCGCCUCUCUACACUAAAUGAAGGAUGUUUUGGACAUUUGGUGGUGCAGUUCAUUGAAAUACUACAAGUUUCCCUCUCUCCUGAAGAAGGACCAACAUUAUGAACGGUUUUAACCAUAUGAAAUGUGCUGCUAUUUCACAUGGCUUGUUUUGUAUCCUACAUGACACCAUCUGUUCCUCUGAGCUACACGUAGGCUGGUAUGUAGCCUGAUCCAGAAUUACUUCAAAAGCAGAGUCAAUACUGGAUUAAUGGUGAUUAACUCAGAACAGAUGAAUGUAUCAAUGUUUUUAAAUGGGAGUCUUUAAUACAUAAAAAAUAAAAUUUUAAUAAACAUG